ACACUUUACAAAGCGCAUUUUGUGUGAAAUUUUUCUUUGGAUUGCAGGCAGAUUGAAAUUUUUAAUAAAGACACUACAACAAUUAAUAACUUUUUUUAAAAUAAUAAAACAAAGAAAAAGUAAAGAAAAUUGUUAAUAAGUAAAAAGCAAGAAAUAUUUAGCAAAUUUAUUUUAUAAAAGUUUAAAAGAAACAUGUAAUGAAAUAGUUGAAAACGCAAGACAAAAAAAGGAGACAAGAAAAUAAAUUACAAAAAGGAAUUGCAGAAAUUUAGGUGUGACAUGAAGUGAUUACAGAGUAGAGUAAUAAUAAAAAAAGGAAAAUAAUUGAAAAAAUAAAAAAGGAUAAAAGAAAGCAAAAGAAAAAAGUAAUAAAAUUAAAAUUUGUGAAAAAAAGUGUUUGUGUUUGUCCCUCAAUACAAAAAAAAGUAAUAAAAGAAAAACCAUGCAAAACAGCCCAAGAACAAAUGGAGCCAUAUCCUCGUUGCCCAGCACUUUGGCACAACUGGCUUUGAGAGAUAAACAACCUGCCCCGGCUUUACCGCACACUCUGCCACCCUCCUUAGCAGGCAGUGGUGUUGGUUCUAGUGUUUUGUCCAAAGCCAAUGCGCUGCAACAAGCCAAUGGUGGUGUUGCGGCUAAUGCUGAUGCCAAUAAUGUAGGCCAUAAUGAUUCCAAUAAGUUGUCAACAGAAUUACAAGAAAAAGAACAAGAAAACAAGCAACAACAGCAGCAGCAGCAGUUGACACAACCAAAGCAAAAGCCUCCCCUGCCAGUACGUAAUAAACCGAUGGAAAUAGCUGGUUAUGUGGGUUUUGCCAAUCUGCCCAAUCAGGUGUAUCGCAAGGCCGUCAAACGAGGCUUUGAAUUUACUCUAAUGGUGGUGGGCGCUAGUGGUUUGGGUAAGUCUACCCUUAUCAAUUCCAUGUUUCUAUCGGACAUCUAUAACUCAGAGCAAUAUCCGGGUCCCUCUUUAAGAAAAAAGAAAACAGUGGCUGUGGAAGCCACCAAAGUUUUACUAAAGGAAAAUGGUGUCAAUCUCACCCUUACCGUGGUGGAUACUCCUGGUUUUGGUGACAGUGUGGAUAACACCAAUUGUUGGGUACCCAUUUUGGAAUAUGUAGACUCUAAAUAUGAAGAAUAUUUGACCGCUGAGUCUAGAGUAUAUCGCAAACAGAUACCCGAUAAUCGUGUGCACUGCUGUUUGUAUUUUAUAGGCCCCACGGGCCAUGGCUUAAGACCCUUGGAUAUUGCUUGCAUGCAAAGUCUGUCGGAUAAAGUUAAUUUGGUUCCUGUCAUAGCUAAAGCCGAUACCCUGACCCCCGAUGAGGUGCAUUUAUUCAAAAAGCAAAUACUCAAUGAAAUAGCCCAACAUAAGAUAAAAAUCUAUGAUUUUCCCUCUACCCUGGAAGAUGCCGCCGAAGACAGCAAAACUACACAAAAUCUACGCUCAAGGGUACCAUUUGCCGUGGUGGGAGCUAAUACCAUCGUUGAACUAGCCGAUGGCAAGAAGGUACGAGGACGCCGUUACCCCUGGGGUCUAGUGGAGGUGGAGAAUCUGUCUCAUUGUGACUUUAUAGCUUUACGCAAUAUGGUCAUACGUACCCAUCUGCAGGAUCUUAAGGAUGUCACCAACAAUGUCCACUAUGAAAACUACAGAUGUCGCAAACUCUCCGAGCUGGGCUUAGUCGAUGGCAAGGCACGACUUUCCAACAAAAAUCCUCUUACACAAAUGGAGGAAGAAAAACGAGAACAUGAAUUGAAAAUGAAGAAAAUGGAAGCCGAAAUGGAGCAGGUAUUCGAUAUGAAAGUCAAGGAGAAAAUGCAAAAACUUAAAGAUUCCGAACUGGAGUUAGCAAGACGUCAUGAAGAACGCAAAAAAGCACUUGAACUACAAAUUCGUGAGUUGGAAGAGAAACGUCGUGAAUUUGAGCGUGAACGCAAAGAAUGGGAAGAUGUUAAUCAUAUAACUUUGGAAGAGCUGAAACGUCGUUCAUUGGGAGCCAAUAGCAGUACAGAUAAUGUUGAUGGUAAAAAGGAGAAAAAGAAGAAGGGUCUGUUUUAAUUAGAGUUUUUAAAAAAACUAAAUGAAAACUAAAAACAACAGCAACAACAACAACAAAUACAAUUCUUUAAAAAUGCACAGUAUUUUUUCCACUCCCCCUCUUUCUUUUUUUUUUGUCUAAAACCAAAUUUAGAAUUUUAUUUUAUUAAAACUUUACUCACUAUUUUUAAACUUUAUAUGUAUUUCUUUUAUCCCUCUACUACUCUGUCCCCUCUAUUUUAUUAUAUAUAUAUAUUUCCCUAUCUGCUGCCCUUUUUUUAUACGAUUUAUUAAUUAAUGUAGAUUUUUAGAUUAAACACGAAAAAAACACACAAAAAACGAAAAAUUUAUGUUAAAAAUUUUAUAUUGAAGCUAUAUUUAGAUAAACUUUUCUAGUAAAGAAAUAUCUUACAAAAACAAAAAAAUACUUUAAAAUUUUUAAUGUUUUAAAAGUUAAUUAUUACGUUUGCUUACUUAUACUGCAACCUUUAAAUGUAAUAUGUAUCUUAAAAAGUAUGUAUUAUAAAAACAACAACAAUUACUACGAUUUUUUUGACGCCAAAUAAACAAAAUUUAAGAUGAAAUAAUAA